AGGUGUUGGUGUUUACCCUCGUGACGUCACUUCCCCCACGCCCGGCCACCCAAAGCUUCCCCCAGCACUCGCCCUUCUCCCGUGUUACCAUUGAUUUUACUCCACACAGCACGCUGCAGCAUGGACCCCACGCGGAGGCACUUCAUUAACCAGCUGCCGGACUACACUGGCGGGGAUGUCACCGUGAAAAACCCUGAGCUGCUGACGAGGCGUGUGCUGGACUACGUGAAGGACAUCAGCACCAAAUGGGACAAGAAGGCAAGGAACUGUGAUGGAGGACUGUAUGUUGGGCUGACGGGAGCUGCCUACACCUUUGUGCGGCUGGCAGGUGUGUCCCAGUUGGCUCCAGAGAGGGAUCGCCUGCUGGAGCUGGCCAGGGACCUCCUUCCAGUCAUCAAUCACCACCUCAGCAACCACAGGCUUGAGGUAGCUGCCUUCAUUCUAGGAAAUGCCGGCACAUAUGCUGUCAGUGCUGUUGUCAGCAAAGAGCUUGGCAACAUGGAGGAGAGCAAAGCCUAUCUGAACAAGUUCACUGCCCUGGCCCCGAUACUGAUACCUGUGGACUGGCUCUCAUGUGGUGGUGAUGAGUUCCUGGUGGGGCGGGCAGGCUACCUUGCAGGUGUUCUCUGGCUCAGAACCAAGUUGGGUGGAAAGGAAAUGCCGGCACAUAUGCUGUCAGUGCUGUUGUCAGCAAAGAGCUUGAUUCUUGAGGAUGAGCAUCUAUUUGCUAUCCUAGACAGCAUGGUGGAGUCCGGCCGGAGGUACUCCAAGGCUCACAACAGUUGUGUGCCCCUCAUGUACCAGUACUAUGAAACUGAGUAUUUGGGGGCAGCACACGGGGUAUCGGGCAUCCUGACCAUGUUGCUGUGUUUUCCAGAAUGGCUUUCCAAACGUCCAGAGUCCAAACUGUUAAUUAAGAAGGCUCUGGAUGCUCUUGUAGCCUUGCAGCAGCCCAAUGGCAACUUUCCAGCAUCUAUGGAUGAGGUCGGGGUGAGCAGAGGCCGGAGAAGGGAUGAGCUGGUCCACUGGUGUCAUGGGGCCCCAGGGUUUGUGUAUAUGCUGGCCAAGGGUUACAUGGUUUUUGAAGACAAGAAGUACCUAGACUCUGCUUUGAGGUGUGGAGAAGUUUCUUGGGAGAAAGGCUUGUUGACUAAAGGACCAGGGAUCUGCCAUGGUGUGGCUGGCUCUGGGUAUGUGUUCCUCAUCCUCUACAGACUGACUCAAGACCCUAAACAUUUGCACCGAGCCAUUCAGUUUUACCACUUCAUCAACACUGAGGAGUUCAAACAGGCACGCACCCCUGACAACCCUUACAGCCUGUAUGAGGGUGUAGGAGGCACUGUUUGCUUUGUUGCUGAUCUCCUCAAUCCUUUGCAGGCAUCUUUCCCUCUUUUCGAUAUCUUUUAAUACUUCAUUGCACUCUGAUGAAUUGGAUCUUACGUAUGACAGCAAAAGUGACAUUUUUUUUACUUGUCCAUUUGUGUAUCCCGCUUCUCUCUUGUUUAAGAAAAAUGUGUUUUGUGUAGUCUUUUAGUUCAGACAUAUCAUAAGAUUUAAGCCACAAGUCAGCUGCUCCUGCAUGAGUGAGUAUUGGCUGUAUCUUACAGUAAUAUAAUUCAUCUAUGUCAUUGCCACACAUUACUCUGCCUUCCAUGACUGCCUCUAACUUGUGAUGGGAGUUAUUGGUGGGAUGUUAAUUUGCUUCUUAUGGUCAGUUGGCAAUGAGAUUUGUACUGAAUGUAGUUAGUUAAGGUGGGAUACCACUGUAGGUGCAGGAUAUCAUACCAGAACUACUACAAUUAUAUUUUGGGAAAAAGUGGAGCUAGUCCAUUUCCUUCAGUGACCUGUUGUUCUUUCAUUCUUGAAUGUUCUUCAUGGUUGAUGGAUUGAAUUAUAGUAUUUAUGCACCAUAAUGCUGUCAUAUGGUGUCACCAUUCUUUAAAAUUUAUUCAUACAUUUAUUCACUUUAGCACCAGGUUAUAAACACCACCUUAAUCCUAUGAUUCAUUCUGACUUCAGGUUUACACUUGGCAUUGUAUUUAUGAACUUGCUCCUUAACAUUGAUUAAGAGGUGAGGUUUUUGUUGCAUUGUGUUGUACUCUGCUGCCAAUGAAUUGUAUAGAUCUAGUGAAAGCCAAGUACAAAGUUUCAACAAUUCCAAAAUAUGCUAGUCAAUUGUGAACAAGAUCUCAGAUUCAUAGAAUGCAGAAUUGAACACUACUUUAUUUUUCUAUUUUCAGUCUGCUUCUGCACAUAAUUAUCUUAUACAUUCAUCUCAAGUAUACAUUUGUCAUAUUGGAGUUCCAAGUUCUAAAUACACUAUUCGUCUGUGUAACACUUCAGAUUGCUCACUCUUCCUAGUUUGCUUGCACCUACUCAUUUUUGUUUAUCCCACUAAUAGAUCCUCCUAUUUCUCAAUUCCAAGGUAACAUUAUUUUCUUUUACUUCCACUAUGACUUAUGCAGUAAUUUUUUCCCUCCCUCUCUAUCCAUUCAGUGUUGCCUUUGCAUUUUCUACUGUCUUGCUCCCUUAACUUCACUUCAAUAAGGAAUAGGAGUGUUUCAUCAAUGUCUAUUGAACUGACUCUGAAAUACAGGAGCUAGCAGUUUCAAACUCUAUGGUCUAAGGAUGUUUCCCUUAUUCUGCUUAAACCCCUACCUUGCAUUGAGGGUCAGUGGGUCGUGAUAUUAGAUGUACUAAAAGAUGUACUUAUACGUACUCUAAAUACAUGUCAAGUUGUAGUAUUAAGAAUUUUCAUGAUUCCCACAAUGCCUUUUGUGUCAAACUGAUUAAAAAAUUGUCUUUUGAAGAGAAUUUGACUAAUAAACAGGACAUGCAAUAAAAGUCUUUUCAUCAGGUAUGGAUAAUCUAUUUUCUCCAACACAAUUGAAAUGCUUUGAAAAAAAAAAAAAUCUGGCAAGGAAAAAGUCAAAAUAAAAAAGGCUUACAUAACAUUUCAUACUUUCACAAACAAUUGUACACAAAUUCCUGGUAAAUGAGCUACAUAGCAUGAUGGUGGGGGAAGCUGUCAAGUGCCCCAUGCCCAUGGGUUCUGCACCCAAUAAACUGACUGACAAAAACACUGCAUUCCUGCAGUGUAAAGAUAUUAUCAAACAAUAAAAACUUGAAAAAAAAAUAAAAAUAAAUAAAAAUAAAAAGACAAUAA